AUGCUUGAAGCUAAACUUCAAAGUGCCGUCGUUCUUAAGCGCGUCUUCGAGGCCAUGACGUGUCUGGUCAGCGAGGUUAAUCUUGACUGUGACGAAUCGGGACUUAAAUUACAGGCAAUGGAUCAAUCUCAUGUAGCAUUAGUAUCAUUAAAAUUAGAAGAUGUAGGUUUUUUACAUUAUAGAUGUGAUAGACCAAGAUCUCUUGGAUUAAAUAUGUCUUCUGUUGUUAAAGUAUUCAAGUUAUGUAAUUCACAAGAUACUGUCUCUGUACAAAAUGAAGAUGAAGGAGAUAUGAUCACAUUCGUAUUCGAGAAUAAUUUGGAUGAUAAGACAUCUACAUUUAGUUUACGAUUGAUGGGUAUAGAACAAGAAUCUUUAGGUGUACCUGAUGAGGAAGAGAGCGACGUAGAGAUAACAUUUAGUGCAAAAGAAUUUGCAUCUAUUGUUAAUACAUUAAAAGAAUUUAGUGAUUCUGUACGUAUAGAUGUUGAUAAAAAUGGCGUAAAAUUCAUUACUAAUGGGGAUAUAGGAGGAGGAGAAGUUGUAUUAAAACCUAGGGAAAGAAAUUCACAUGAUGAUCUAGAUGUUGGUGUUGAAAUUAAGGUGAAUCAUCCUGUAAGUCAGACAUAUGCAGUAAAAUAUUUAGUAUUUUUUUCUAAGGCAGCAUCAUUAAGUAAUGGAUGUAAAUUAUCGUUAACUGCUCAUCGUCCUAUUGCAGUAAAGUUUGAUAUAUUAGAUCCAAUUCAAGGAGAAAGUAGAAGUUCUGCACCUAAAUUAGGACAUUUUAAGUUCUAUUUAGCACCAAAGAUGGAUGAGGAUGAAGUUGAUCAACACAAUACACCAGAAGAUAUGCAAACAGAAGGACCAAAGGCAGAAGGACAAGUUAAACCAGAAGAAGAUAUGGAUAAUUAA